ACCUAACAAAGGCGUGCGACUGUCACUGGUCUCCAACCCACUCUGUUUGAUUCUUGAGAACAGUUGACGUGAUACGGGAGUAAAGCUCCCUGGCGAUAUUUCACAAGGGUGUCACGGUAUGGCGGAUAAAUAUGUCAUCCGAGUAACGGCGGGGUCCGACUACAACACCGACAAUCACGUGCUUGUUCCAGUCAACUCCCCUGAGACUGUGAAAAUCAGCAACGACCUCAUAGAUGCCGAGAUCAACGUGCGUGUCCAGAAUUAUAAUGGCCUGCCACGUAAUUCGCCAACUACCUCUCCUUACUUUUCCUUGGAGCCUCACGCCAGUAACGACGAUCAAUACAGUCUUGCUAUCCGGUUCACGCCAAAGCGGCCUAAGAAGUCCCGUCGGCAGAGUCCUUCGGCCGGAUCCAAGCCGUCAUCAUGCGCCGGCCCAACUACCAAUGGACCUUUCAACGACGACGCACCUCAAGGGGCGUCAGAGGAAUCUAGCACAGCAGAUGAAAAGGCCGAACCCUCAUCUGCCGUGAACGGCAUCCCAGGUCACGAUCUGCAGUUUGGUAAUGACUUCGAUCACCCGAUCAGAGACCGUCUACCGCCGGGCUUCAGCUAUGCCAUGAAUAUCGUCAAAUGGUGGAUCGAUCCGGGUCUCGACGGCGACCCGUACGCUGACAUGCCGUAUCUGUACGGGCCGGGGCUCUCCUCUUUCAACAACAUAUACGUCGGCUUUGGAGAGCACGAUCCAGAAAAGGGGGGCCUGUAUUUUGAUGAAGGAGGUGAUGAAGCCGGGAUGGAGGCCCGGCGUGCGAUUGGCGCCCCUGACGGUGCUAAGGAGAGGAAGAAAUGGGCGCUUGCGAAGGAUAGCAAGGAUAAAUGGGUCUUUGAGUAUGAAAAGACGUAUUGUGUUGAUUUCUUCAACCCCUACAUCGACUUCAAGGACUUUUCGCUGCGACUACCCGGGUUCACGCUGCCGAUUAUGAAAUAUUGGGAUGGUCAGGACCUUAGGGACCGUAAGAAGCGCUCACACACCCUUAGGUACGUGCUUCGCAACCGCACCACGGAGGAAACGUACCUCGUCAUCUUGUUCUCGCUGUACUUGAAGGAGGACGUCAAUGAGGACGGGUCGCUGAAGCCUGCGGCACUGGAAGCGACACACGAGGAUAAGAUGUUGGCGGUGGAGGCAGGGAAGAUAGACGAUGCCGACGUGGAGAAGGGCAAGGAUGUUUCCGAGAAUUCAAAAGACGAAGAUGUCGAUUAGGAUGUUUUCACGGAGAAGUGGACACGGAGCGGGUGCAACCUUGCUGCGGACAUCAUCUAUAAACAAAGGGAUCUCCAGGGGUAGGGAUACAGCUUACAACUUAGACUUGAAAUCGUCUGAAUAGAUCUCGAAUUGAU